AUGUAUCACUCGAUAUCAUUCGAAUUCCAUCCUUAUACAUUCAAACAACUAUUUCACAUCAUUGAACAAUUAACAUUAUUGCCUAAAGAAAAUUUGAACGAAAAUUUCAUUAACAUUCUUAUGAUUUGUUUACGAUUAUUUACAAAUCAUUUGAAGUUUUUAUCCGCUAUGACAAUCGAUUUUGAUCAAAAUUUAUUAAAAGCAAAUGUUGAUAUUAAAAAUCACCUAGAACUCGAUCAUUCAAGUCAAACAAAAAGAAUCAAUUUGAGUGAUUUCGCUACCAAUGAUGAGCUACAAAAAUGGCUUCAUCUCUUACUAACUUUAGUUUGCAUUGAAAAUAAAACACUAGAGGAAAAUAUCAUCUGUAAAGAAGCAUCAAAAGCAAUUAUCUAUAUUCUCGAUAAAUAUUCUUCUUCAUUUAUGAAAAAAUUAGCAUUUAUUCAUAAAUAUAUUAUCGAGAAUGAACAUGAUUUCUUAAUUGAAAAAUUAUUAAUCGAAUUGAACAGUACUUUAACAUUACUGAGUUGGAUUAAAGUUCUAUGCGAGGAUGACGAUAGUAAAAGAGAGACGCCAAUAGCAUUUACUAUUUUAUAUUCAUUUAUUAACUUUUAUUUGAAUUCACCACGAGAUAACAAAACACAGAAAAUGCAUCAAAUAUUACAAAGGUUUCAACAGCUGCUCUUCAGCCGAUUGAUACCGGAAUAUCGAAUCAAAUCUAUGGAAAAUAUUGAUGAUUCGACUGAUAAAUUUACAUUAUCAACAGUUUCUCUCAUUAUUAAAUAUAUUACACAUAUAUUGGUGAAUUCCAAUGGUAAAUUGGUUAUUGUUAACGAACUACUGAAUUCGAUUCUCGUCGGUUUGUGUUUAAUCAUCGAACCAGAGUUUCAAUUGAAUUUCACAAUAAUUCAGCAAAUAUUAUCGACUCUUCUACCUUUAUUAGCCGACUUCAUAAUGCAAAAUAUGAUGAAUGAAGAAUCUACACAAACAUAUCUGCAUUACAAUUAUUGGCUAUUAAGUAGAAUGAGUCAUGCCUUAAUCAACGGUCCACUACAGGAUCCAUUAGAAAUGAAAUACAACGAGAAAUUACAAUCACCUUUGUUUGCUGGUGGAUGUGAACAAAAUCCUAUCGGAAAUAAUCAAUAUAUGUUGAAUUUAUUUGAAUCGAACAUUGCUAUUUACAGUCAAUUCAAAUUUACCGAUUAUCAACAACAAUCAAAAUCCGACCAAGAAUUUUUAAUGUCAAUCUAUAACAAUACAAAUCCGUGCACACAAUUAAUAACAAAAAUGAAAAUUUACUUGAAGGAUAAACAAUCUCCCGUACAAAAAUCAAUCGAACCACAAGCCAAUGAAGCAUGCGCAGCAUUGUUUGCUGUCUAUUUAAAACAUUAUCGUCGAAUAAAUUUAGCUCAAUACGAACUACUAACCCUAAUGGACAAUCGCAAACCGCAUAGUAAACUAUUAGCAAUUUUUGAAUAUGCUAAUCGUAUUCAAACAUUAUUUGCUAGGACAAGAGGACAAGGAAAGGAUUGUAAUGAACUUUAUGAUCGAAUUCAAAUCAAAACAUAUUUUCUACUAACAUCUGUCAAAGAAAGUCAUUUGAUUUCAACUAUUGAUAUUGAAAACGAGCUAAAGGCAGUCGACAACAACGACAAACGUAAAGGCUUGAAAUUCAAGCGUUUAUAUUCAAAAUGGGAAAUUGAGAGAAAAUCAGUUCGAGCGGUUCGCAAUACUCUACACGCAUGUAUUCGAUUAAAACAACUAAUGCUAACUAAGAGAAAAGUCAUCGAACAGAAGCAAGACAAUGAAAAUAUUUUACAUCAAGCUAUUGCUACUUAUGUCUAUGGAGAUAUUUCAAAUGAUGAUAAAAAAUCUGAAUCAAAUGAUCUUAUUCGAUGUAUGUCUCAACAGUAUGAACGAGCAAUAAUUAGACUUAUUGCCUAUCGAUUUGUUCAGAAAUUCGCCCAGAAAACGUUAGAGAUUGAAAAUAAUCAUUCUAUUCGAAAUCUUCUAACAAUUUAUUUAUCACAAUUGAGAAAAACACAUAUCGAAUGGACGUAUUUAGAAAGUAUACCAGCAAUUAAUCAUUAUUUGAAAGAAGAAAUCAAAGUUAGUUAUUAUUUAAUUGUUGAAACGAUUCUUUCCUACGUAUUAGAAUCGCUCACCAUUGAACAAACGAUCUUAAUACAAACUAUGUUCUAUUUACUUAAUUUACCCUACACACCAGAAGAUACUUAUUAUAUAUUUGAUUGCGGACUUCUCGCAAAGUUAUUUAAAUCGUUUGUUAGCUUUGUUAAUAGAACAAAUCGAACGAUUUCGCUUGAGAUAAAAUUAACCGGAUACAAUUGGUUUCGAUUGUAUGUCACGAAAUUGUGUAAAAAUUUAGAAAUCGAAGAACUGAAAAUCGUAACGAAUUUGCAUGGUGAUCAAAAGCGAGAGUUUAUUUUCCAUGAAUUAAUUUUAAACGAAUUAACGACACUAAAACAACAAUUAUCAAGCAAUACUGAAGACAUGAUCCUAGAUGAUACUGAAUCUAAACGCAUUUCAUUUCAUAACAGUGCUUUGGAAUGGUUCGUAGAAGUGAAAGCAAAAAGUAAUUUAUCAUCGAAUUUCGAAAUUGAACUCUGCAUAAAACAAUGGUUAAUGUUUCUACUAAGAUGUGUUCAUUCCUAUGAACAUGUACGAUAUUGUUGUGCCACGAAAGAUUAUAUCGAGGAAUUAUUGUUCAUCUAUCGAAAUAGUAAAAAUCCGGCUACAAGUUUACUUGCAUUGAAAAUUUUACGAAAAUUAAUUCCGUUUCUCCGAGAAAAAUCAAACGAAACAUGUCAAACUAUGAUAAAAGAUUUUUUAAAUCAUAUUUUAUUUUCGAUCGGCCAUAGUUUUAUUUCACGAAGCAUCAUGCCUGAUCUUGUUACUGAAUUAAUCUAUAUUUAUCGGACAAUAAUUUCUCUUAAAUCACCGUGGCAAAGUAUGGCAACACAACUGAUUUUUGAUACAUGCACAUUAAGUUGGAAAUCAUUGGAAUCGAUCGAUAUGAAUAAUACUUUAGGAUUACUGUGUAUAUUUGGCGGAUACAUUCACCCUUACUGUUUAGGCGCAAUAGUACAAGUCUAUAUUGUUGAUGAAAUGAACCGUGAAACUCAAUUCGCAGUCAUCAUUGAUAUUGAUCAGAAGGCUCGUGAUUUCGGUACGAGAGAUACGAAGCCUUAUUUUAUUCAAUAUAUUGAAACGAACAAAACAGAAUGGGUUAAUGCUGAUAAAUUACGAAUUGAGGUCGAUAUUCUUCCACCAAAUCUUCUUGAUUUACCAAAUGCAAAUGAAUUGAUCGAUUUAGUAUUUGAUUCAUUAGCAUAUUUCAUAAAAAUUGAAACGUCAAUUAUUGAACCAUUACUAUUAUUAGAAUUAAAACGGCGAUCUAUUUCUGCUCUAUAUCGAAUCUUAAUCAAUAAAGAACUUGUCGAAAUUUUCAUGCAAAAAUCUUAUGCUAACAUUCUUGUUAAAUUAUCAACAUUGAAUUUAUCAGCAAAAACUCAUUCGCAACCAAUGGAUUUGCGACUUUCGAAUAAACAACAUUUAGAACAAUACUGUUUAAGUUUAGAUCGAUGUAAAUAUUUGAAACAAAUAGUUGACGAUAUCAGUAUAGAUGCGAACAAGGAUGUUUCAUUUACGAUUUGGAAUGAUAUUCGAUUCACCACAUGGAAGUCGGUUGCAACAAAAAGCGAUAUUAAACAAUUAAAACGAGUUCGAAUUGGAAAUGAUGAAAUUAAAAUCGUGCCCAUGCCAUUACAAAAUGAUAGUCAAUGGUUUUUAGAAGAAUGUGGCGCGAGAGAUCGUUUUCCGGGACGAAUAUAUCUGAUUUCGAAAAAUUCUAAUACAAUCAUGACAACAUUUAUUGUCGAUAAUCUAAAGUUGAGUGAAGGCAAUUGGUACUAUUGUGUUCGAUUACUUGAAAGUAAUUUUAUUCAAAUUGGCUGGGCAACAACUGGAUUCAAUCCGAAUAAUACGCUGGGGAUUGGAAAUGAUCAAUAUUCAUGGUCAUAUGGCGGAGCUCAAGGAAAUAUUUAUCAUAAUGGGCAAUAUUCGUUUGAAGUUGAAAAUGUUCGUUGGACUACAAAUGAUGUGUGCGGUUGUGGUAUUGAAAUUAAUGGUGAUCGUAUACGAAUUAAGUAUUGGUUAAAUGGAUCUUUCUUAGGAACGGCAUUUUUACAUCGAUUCCCAAUUGGUUCAACAACAACACUAUGUGAUAUGUUACCAAACGGAUGUAACACAAAUUACUUUCCUGGUGUUAGUUUAAAAGUCACUGAUGAGUCCAUUUUGAGUUCUUGCGAAUUUAUAUUCAAUCCAGAAGAUAUGCUAGAAUGUCCAUUGCCAGAAGGUUAUAAGCCGUUGAUAGUACCGAAAUUAGACAACAUCGUUUCUUAUCCUUACAGUGCUUAUUUAAUUGCUGAUCAUGCUCAUGAUAAUAUUUAUACGACACGACAUGAUAGAACAACGACAUUUCUACGUGAUUUUAUUAAUGGUCAGCAUCUUGAAACUACAUUUACUGUUGAUGACCGCCAAUUAAUAUUACCAAAGUACAGUAGCGGUUUUCCAUUAAUUGUCGAUUGUCAUGAAUCGUGGACAUUAAGUUUUGAUUUUCGAAUUUUAACUCAACACAAAAUUCCCGAUCUUAUACUAGCGGCAUUUGAUUUGUUGGCUAUAUUUUCAAUUCGAAUACCAACUAGCAAAGUCAAUGAUAAAACACGAGUGGCAAUCGUCUUUGAUUCAAACACAAGACAAAUAAAGCUCUACAUCAAUAAUGAAUGUCGAUCAAUUGAAUGUCCAGCAUUGUUAGACUUUAAUAUUCAUAUUUUACCGACCGUAAAUGCUGAACUGGAGAAUCUAGCCAUAUGGAAAUAUGCUCUAUCGAAAGAACAUAUUCGCCGUUUAUUUACUUCGGGUUUGUCUUACGUCGUCAGGGAUUAUCAUCGACUAGAUUACUAUCGAAGACGUGCAAAGACAUUUACAUUUACAGAUAAACAACAGUAUUUUCUCGAUGAAUCCCUCGUUCCAUUGAACGAACCAUUCGAUGAAAAUAAAUGGACAAAGCGAAUGCAUGAAAUCGAUGAUGAUGAUGAUGAGUGGAAAUAUUUCAAAACAAUCGAUGAGACCAAUCAAUCAGCAAUAGAAUUAUUCGGGAAUAAAACAUAUCUCGUUCUAAAUAAAUCUAUCAAUACAUGGUUCGAAUAUACACUUAUUCUUGAUAUUAAUAUUGCCAAUUCACCAGCCAUAAACGAACAAUUGACAUUAAUAACAUUAAAUUCACAAUCGACAAUUUACUUAACAUACGAUUGUCAUAUUUGUCUAUCGAUUAGUAGUGACACACAUAUGCAAAGUGAAUCGAUAUUAGACUUGAAGGAUUAUGUACGUUUGCUUGUUUCUGUUCAACAAAAAUCGAUGAAAAUUUAUGCAAAUGGAAUUUUACUACUCGAUGUUAAUGUUGACGACGAUCAAUUAAUACUAAACGACAAACAUAUUGACCUAUUUCGAGAACACGAUCUGACAAAAAACACUACCGCUAGUGACACACUUCGCAUCGUUUGCAAAUCAAUCACUGUUUUGAAUAAAGCAACGAACGAUAUCGAUGAAAGAAUGAAAUCAUCGAACUAUUCAUUAGAAAUUUUAGUUGCACCGCCUUAUUCGAUCAUCGUACCGAGUCUAGUUGACAUUGGAUACGAUACAUUUAUGAUUAGAGACAUCGUACAAGCAAAUAGGACGCUGAACAUUCAAUCGAUUGAUGCUGUUCUUCGUGACAUGCAAAAUGAAUUGUUCACGAUUGACGAUGAAAAACGAUUAAAAUAUCAAAAAAAUAUUUUAUCAAAAUUAAGUCCAUCGAUCGACAAAGAAAUGUUGAAAAGUUUCCUUCCGUUGUCCGAAUUCGAUGCUGAUGACAACAUUUCUAAUCUUACUGAAGUGAUGUUGCUACAUUGGAACGAAAUUCAAUCUCGAUCAACUGAAGAAUCUGCUAAUACGAACUGGUUUUAUCAGGCUGUUCAACGAUUGAAUAUCGGUGGCAAUCUUAUUGAAUGGAUUCGCGAUAAAUCAACCACAGAAACCGAAGAAGCGGAUUCUAAUCAUUCUCUAAUCGAUUUAGCUCGACCCGUUGAAGAACAAACUAUUACGAUUCAUGACACUCAAGAUGACUGCAAACGAAUUUCAAGAUCAAUUCAGUACUCCCAUCAACAGAUAUCACAUCAACAAUAUUUCGAUUCACGUCUUUCGUGUGAACAUGAAUUGAUAUCAAUUUAUGCCCAUUAUACAAUUUUGAAUGUGUUAAAAGUUUGGUCGAAUGAUGGCUCAAGUAUAUUUCCAUGGGAGAAAUUCAGCGAUUGUGCUUUCAUUGUUACUCUACUGAGAUUAUUUGAUUAUCAUUACAAUUACACACGUUUAUACACGGACGAAGCUAUUGAUCGAAUGACUUUAUUAGUUGUAACGAUUCUUAGAGUUGAAACAAACGAAUUACUCAAAUAUCACACAAUGACCUAUGAUGAUAUAGUGAAAAAUGUAUUAAAAGAAAAAGCUCCACAACUUUAUCAUUUACAAAAGGAUACUAUUGUUCAAUUGAUUCAAUUUCUAUCGAACCGACAAUUGUUAUACUAUGAUUAUGAGAAUAAAUCCACAAUGAUUAAACAACCGAAUUUUAAGUUUAUUCUUAAACUUAUGAAUAUGUUUCUUCAAUUGUUAACAGAGAAAUCACCGAUGAAACAACAUGAAAUCGAUUUUCUUCUUCCCAUUUUAUUUCCAGAUGUUCUAAUCAAUUUAUUGUUCGAUAUUUUUCUUUUAAGUUCAAGACAUCAAUCGAAAAUCGCUAUUCUUCAUUUAUUUUUCACGUUGCUUAAAACUAGCAAGAAUUUCAAUUUAAGCCGACAUAUUCUACAGUUUCUAUUUCAUUUAUUUGUUGAUUUGCAACCAAAUCCGACAUUAGUACAUAGUCGACUAAUGAAAGCAUUUCAAAUUACUUUUAUGGAUUUGAUGUUUUUGUUAUGCCAAAGGCAAAAAAAUCGAUCGUUGACAACAAAUCAAACAGUUGUUUCAUUCGAAUUUGAUUUUUCUCAAUUUUCUCAAAAUUUUCAUCGGAUAUUAACAACAAUCGAUGUGAUAAAUGCCUUAACUGAUAGAACAAAGCAAGCAUCAUUUCCUGAUGCAUUCCUACAAGAAUCACCUGCUUUAUUGGGAAAUGAUUAUCAAUUGACAAAAGACGAAAUUGAACAAUCAAAUAGCCAUUUCGAUAUUAUUGCUGAUCGACAACUAAUUCAUUUUAUGAAUAAUCAUUCAUUGAUCAAUAGUUCAUUUAUUGAUUUCAUUAACAAUCUGCCAACAGAAUCGUUACCCGAUCCGACCUACUACAAAGUCUAUCCAUCUCUGUGGCACAUUUCAGCUAACUUGAUUCGCAUACGUGCGAAACUUUUCUAUCAAUUUAGUUUAUAUUUCGAAGAAGUCGUAUCAAUGAUCGAUUUAAAUCUCUCGCCAGGACAAAGUAUUCUAAUCGAUGAACUGCAAACAGGAAGAGUCUAUAUGUUAUAUCGAAUGAAAUUUCAAUUUUUCAACAAUUCUUUAGUCAUUACUCAAUUGGCGUCCGAUGAUAGUUUACCUGUAGUUAAUUUUGAUCCAGUUCGAGCAAGUUCUAAUACUAAUCAUGGACGAAAUACAAUGUUCUAUCAAGCCUACGAACAGUUGUAUAGUAAUGCACAUUUAACAUUUCGAAAAUUGAAUGAUCGUUUAUGGCGCGCACAGUAUCUUGGCAUGCGUAGUUGUGAUCAAGGUGGACCCUAUCGUGAUUCUAUAUCAUGUAUUUCUUCUGAUAUUUGUAGUGCACGGUUACCAUUAUUUGUUCUAUGUCCAAAUGGACGAACCAAUAGUGGAUUGAAUCAGGAUCGUUGGAUUCCGAAUGUCUAUCCGCCGAAUAAACCAAUUUCAAAUCGAACUAAAAAACAAUAUCAAUUUAUUGGACAAUUAAUGGGCAUGGCUAUAAGAAAGAAACAUUAUUUGGAUUUGAAAUUUCCAAGUUUAUUAUGGAAGCAAUUAGUUAGAGAUCAAGUCACAAUAGAAGAUAUUGAAGCAAUCGAUGCGCAAAGUUUUACAUUGAUUAAUGAAAUUGAAAAGUGUAUUCAGCAAAGCAAUCAAGUAAGUGCUACCGAGUGUGACAUCAAUGAUUUACUCAGUAGUAUUUUGGAUGAAAUUCGAUUUGAAGUUGUUAGCUCAGCAGGACAAACGUUUGAACUUAUCCCGGGCGGUAAAGAUAUCCCGAUAACGGGUAAUAAUUUCAAAGAAUAUUGUACACGUUAUCGAGACUAUCGUCUACAUGAAUUUGAUCGACAAAUUGAAUUUAUUCGGCAAGGUUUAUACAGUGUUGUCCCUGGUUAUUUUUUAAGUUUAUUCACAAUUGUGGAACUCGAAGAAGCUGUAUGUGGAAAGGCUAGAAUAGAUAUUGAAUUAUUAAAACAACAUACGACCUAUGGAGGUCGCUACACUCCAAAUUCACUGUGUAUUCAACGAUUUUGGACAGUGCUUGCUGAGAUGUUCAAUGAAGAACAGCAGAAAUUAUUUUUGAAAUUUGUCUCGGGACGAUGUACAUUACCAAGAUAUCACGAUGAGUUUAAAUCGGAAUUUCGAAUCGAUCCAUAUAAUGUUUCUAAUGCAUCGACAGAUUCAACACUUCCACGGUCACAUACAUGUAGUUUUGUUCUUGAUUUACCUGCAUAUUCAUCAGUUGAUGUCAUGUAUAAUCGUUUAAACUAUGCUAUUACUUAUUGUUCAAGUAUUGAUGGUGACAACACCAUGAACGAAGCUCCUGCUCCAAAUGAUGCCGAUUCGGAUUGGAGUGACGACGAUUGA